AUGAGGUCUCAAAUAGUGAGAGAUGCAGUUGUAUACCGUGACCAUGUUCAAGCAAUCAAAUCUGGUUUUGCAUCAAAUGUUUUCACUUGUAAUCAAUUAAUUCACCUUUAUUAUAACCAUGGUCUCUUGGAAGAUGCCCACAAACUGUUCGACGAAAUGCCCAACCGAAAUGUAUACUCUUGGAAUGCCCUUAUUAUGGCUUACAUAAAAGCACACAACUUGACACAAGCACGAGCCAUUUUUGAUUCAGCCUCUCAUAGAGAUUUGGUUUCAUAUAAUUCCAUGUUGUCAGCUUAUGUUGGUGCUGAUGGACACGAGACCGAGGCACUUGAUUUGUUUAAUAGAAUGCAAUCUGCACGUGACACAAUUGGGAUUGACGAGUUCACUCUCACAACCAUGCUUAACCUUACUUCCAAGCUACAUGUAGUGUGUUAUGGGAAGCAGAUGCAUUCACAUAUGGUGAAAACUGCAAAUGAUUUAAGCAAGUUUGCGUCGAGUUCUCUUAUUAACAUGUACUCUAAAUGUGGUUUGUUUCUUGACGCGUGCAAUGUGCUUAGUGGUUGUGAUGGGGUGGUGGACUUGGUUUCAAAGAAUGCAAUGGUUGCUGCUUGUUGUAGGGAAGGAAAAAUGGACAUGGCUUUGAAUGUGUUUUGGAAAAAUUCUGAGGUUAAUGAUACUGUGUCAUGGAAUACAUUGAUUGCAGGAUAUGGCCAGAAUGGCUAUAUGGAUAAAGCACUUGACUUGUUUGUUGAGAUGACUGAAAGUGGUAUUAGGUAUGAUGAACAUACUUUAGCAAGUGUAUUAAGCGCUUGCUCUGAUCUAAAAUAUUUGAAACUUGGCAAGUGUAUCCAUGCGUGGGUGUUGAAAAAUGACUUCAGUACAAAUCAAUUCAUUAGCAGCGGCAUCGUAGACUUAUACUGUAAGUGUGGGAAUGUUGGGUAUGCGGAGUCGGUGUAUGAAGGAAUCGGUAUUAAAAGCCAAUUUGAAGUUGCUUCAUUGAUUGUAGGCUAUUCAUCUCAAGGCAACAUGACAAAAGCUCAAAGGCUUUUUGAUACUCUAUUGGAAAGGAAUUAUGUUGUCUGGACAGCUCUAUGUUCCGGCUAUGCCAAAUCACAACAAUUUAAGGAAGUCUUCAAACUUUUCAGAGAAUUUAUAAAUACCGAAGCACUAAUUCCUGAUGCAAUGAUCAUCGUCAUUGUGCUUGGUGCCUGUGCAACACAAGCCGCUCUUUGUUUCGGGAAACAGAUUCAUACUUACAUCUUCAAAAUGAGACUUAAUAUGGAUAAAAAAAUGCUGAGUGCUAUGGUUGAUAUGUACUCAAAAUGUGGUAAUAUCAUGUACGCCGAGAAAAGCUUCCAACUAAUGACUGAUAAGGAUAGAGAUGCAAUCUUAUAUAAUGUCAUGAUAGCUGGUUAUGCCCAUCAUGGUUUUGAAGAUAAAGCUAUUCAACUUUUUCGGGACAUGUUAAAGAAAAGUGUCAGGCCAGAUGCAGUCACUUUUGUAGCGCUUCUAUCUGCUUGUCGGCACCGUGGACUUGUAAAACAAGGAGAGAUUUUGUUUAUUUCUAUGCAAGAAGAUUACAAUGUAUUGCCCGAGAUAUACCACUAUGCAUGUAUGGUUGAUAUGUAUGGAAGGGCUAAUCAACUAGAAAAGGCGGUAGAAUUCAUGAGGACGAUUCCCAUACAAAUAGAUGCAACAAUUUGGGGAGCAUUUCUUAAUGCUUGUCAGAUAAACAAUAAUACAUCCCUUGUCAACCUGGCAGAAGAGAAACUGUUAAAAGUUGAGUCUCAUAAUGGGUCUCGGUAUGUGCAAUUGGCCAAUGUCUAUGCUACUGAGGGAAAGUGGGAUGAGAUGGGAAGAAUAAGGAAGAAAAUGAGAGUGAAAGAGGCAAAAAAGAUUGCUGGUUGCAGUUGGAUAUAUGUGGAAAAUGGUAUUCAUGCAUUUACUUCUGGUGAUAAAUCUCAUGCAAAAGCAGAUGCAAUAUAUUCAACUUUGUUGUGUUUGAAUAGGGACAGAACUGAAGCAAUUUCAUGA